UUUUGCAAGUCAGUAACACCUGUAAACGAUGGAUUGGAAACUCUCACUAGUAUCGCAAUUGUUAUCCUUCAUUUGGUCAUUAUGUUUCUAAAUAAUUACAGUGGACAAUUAGUAAUAAACAAUAGUGGGGACAUAUUUCAUGAAUCGUACGACUCUACAUGGUACUAUAUUCCACUAAAAGCGCAAAAGUUAUUAUUGUUCAUCAUGUUAAGAAGUUCCAAGAAAUGUGAAUUCAAUAUUUCCGGCUUAUUCGUUUCAUGUUACGAAGGAUUUUCGGCGGUAAUAUUUUAAAUUUAUUAUAUUAUUAUAUAAACGUCAUGUAAUCCCAAUUUAUUUAUUAGAGCAAUUUUAUAUUUUAGAUGAUGAGCGCGUCUUUUUCAUAUUUCACUGUUAUACGCUCGUUUUAA